AUGGCCGCAAAUGGAAAUGUUGAUCUACUACAGUAUACACGUGUAUCGGAUAUUGUUAAAGAACCGCAAAAGAUGCUCAUGCCGAUCGAAGGGUACGAAGAAACGCCAAUAAUACCAUUGGAAGAAGCUGUUGCACCACUUGUUUCGAUUUUACCUAAAGUUCAAAAUUAUGUUUAUGUGGCGAAACAACGAUGUGAAUCCAUACCUGCGGAUGAUUUGACACAGAAUGAAUCAGCUUCAAUCAUGCUUUACUCAAUGGAAUGGGAACCACAUGAACAAUGCUUAUAUUUUACCCUGAAUACAACUCUCCGCACUGAAGAUAGAAAAAAAUUAAAACCAUGGUUCUCGUAUUUGAAACUUAUUCUUACAGCACUCGAAAAAUUACCAUCCACACGAUGCAACGUGUAUCGUGGAGUGAAUUUAGAUUUAAGUAAACAAUACACUGAAGGAAAAGAAUUUGUCUGGUGGGGAUUUUCUUCAUGUACAACAUCGAUGGGAGUACUUGAAAAUGAACAAUUUCUAGGCAAAACUGGCGAAAGAACAAUGUUUACUAUCGAAUGUGAUAGUGGCAAAGAUAUCAGUCGUCAUUCGUAUUUUCAAUCGGAGCAAGAAGUUCUUCUCCUAGCUGCUCGACAAUUUAUUGUAGUAUCUUGUCUUCGACCAGCGCCAGGCCUUCAUAUGAUCCAAUUAAAAGAAAUAAAGCCUCCGAUUACUCUUUUACAACCAGUUACGAAUCAAUCUAUGCAGAUUAAACCAACACCGAGCUUUGAAGAGGAAGUCGCACUACAACAAAUUACUGCUCCAGUUCCACCGGAGACUAAGAACAACAAUAAUGGUGAUAGUUAUAUUAACAACGAUUUACCGCAAACAACCCACGGAAUAGUAACACCUAAUCAAACACCAAGUAUGUUCUAA